GAUUGAUUGUCUGAUUACGCGCAGCUAAGCAUACCUGGACGUUGCAUUCGACCUCUUGCGCAAACACUCACGGUGAUCUCUGGGUCUCAGCGAAAGGAGUGUACUUGUUCCAUACAUCCUUUCACCUCGUUCGGAAUAUCUAAAGCCAGGUGGACCGCCUUUGUGAAUGGUCUCAAGGUGACUCACGCCUCUGCUCGAGUUUCACUUCACGAUGAUAUCAUCACCGCUGCGCCGGCCGCUUUGUCAACAUGCUCGAAUCAUAAGAUCCAAUAGAUGGCUCACUACAAUCGGUAUCAGAAGAGAGGAUCCAAAACGGAUUUGGGAGCGCCGAACUCCGUUGACGCCCGCUGCGGUCUCACUGCUUGCUCGUGCUGGGGAGGUCGAGGUGGAAGUUGAGAGUUGUCAGAGGAGGUCUUUCCCGAAUAAAGAGUACGAGAAAGCCGGAGCUAGGAUAGUACCUUCCUUGUCGCCUAAAGUGGACCUCGUUUUGGGCAUCAAGGAGCCGCCAGUGUCUGAAGUUCACCGAUUGAUUGAUGCUGAGAAAGGCCGUAAGAGGACCUGGAUGGUCUUUUCCCACACACACAAGGGACAGAAAUAUAACACUGGCUUGCUUUCCUCAUUCCUGGGCACAGACAAUCAACAAACGUUGAUCGACUAUGAGCUGCUCACGAGGGAAAAGGCGGAUGGAAAGGGUAGGGAACGUGUUGCUGCUUUCGGAUGGUAUGCUGGAGCUGUCGGGGCAGGAGAAGCUUUGACAUUGACUGGAUUGGCUCUUCUUCGAAAAGGAAUCGCUACAUCAUUACUCAACCUGUCUAGACCUUACACUUUCAAUUCUUUGGACGACUACAGGGCCGCCGUUCGUGAAGCCGCAGCGGCGAUCGCUGCAAAUCCACCGCCUGAACCAAUUGUCAUUGGUGUGACUGGCCGAGGAAAAGUGGCUACAGGUGCAAUGGAUAUCUUGAAGGAGCUAGAUCCGGUUUGGGUCGAAAGUGAUCGCUUGUCAGAGAUCACAACGGAUGCAUCAUCAUCCUCCAAGGUCAUUGUGUCAAAUCUCGAUCCCGCACACUAUAUGCGUGCGAAUGGCAAGGAGAAUUCGUACAGUCGUGUGGGAUACUAUGCCGAUCCCAGCAAGUUCAAGAGCCAUUUCGACGAGGUCAUUGCCCCCCACCUGACAACUCUCAUCAACGGGCAAGGUUGGAGUAAAGGAUUCCCCAGAAUCCUUGACAAUGCUCAAAUGGAGGCCCAAGUUGCGAGAGCCAAGAGAGAUGGAUCAAAGCCGAAGCUGAUUGCGGUUCAGGACAUCACUUGCGACAUCAAUGGCAAUUUGGAGUUCAUGGAUAGAUCAACGACCAUAGAUCAGCCGUACUAUGACGGACCUGGAGGCGUCAUGAUCAGUUCAAUCGACAUUUUGCCGUCCGAGCUACCAAAAGACUCGUCUGAGCACUUCUCAGACUGCAUUAUCCCUUACGUGCGACAAUUGGCGACAGGUGCCCACGAUGCUGUUCUUGAGGACACGUUGUCACGUGCUACCAUUGUGCGGAGCGGGACCAUCACCGAGAAUCACAAAGGUCUUAUGCCUCGUGUCCAGCAAUGGAGAAACGAGAAUGUGGGUUCUGGGCGGAGAGCCAUGUCAACAGCCUCCCGCGAUUCGGGCAUCCAUCGGAAAAAGAAGGUUCUGCUUCUGGGAAGUGGACUGGUCGCUGGUCCUGCUGCACAGGUGCUUGGGUCUCGAUCGGACAUUGUGGUCCGCCUGGCGAGUGUCGAUGCUAAGGCAAAUGAUGCAAUGAGCGCAAAAUACGCCAAUAUGUCGGGAUUGACACUUGACGCUACGAACGAUGCUGCAGCUAGUCAGGCUGUUGAAGAGUCGGAUGUUGUGAUCAGUCUCCUCCCUGCGCCCAUGCACACACUCAUUGCCGAGCAUUGCGUCAAUCAUCGCAAGCAUCUGAUAACGGCGAGUUACGUCUCCGACGAAAUGCAGGCCUUCAACUCCAAGGCUGAAGACGCCGGCAUCAUAAUCCUCGGGGAAUGUGGCCUGGAUCCUGGGAUCGACUCGAUGGCAGCCAUGCGAAUCAUCGAUAGAGCCAACAAGGAGGGCAAGACCAUUUCCUCUUUCAUUUCUUGGUGUGGUGGAUUACCUGAGCUGAGUGCCAGCGAGGUCCCGUUGCGGUACAAAUUCUCUUGGAGUCCAAAGGCCGUUCUGACCGCUGCGCUGAAUGAUGCCCACUACAAGCUGGAUGACCAAAUCCAUCACGUUCAAGGCGAUCAAUUGUUGGCGCAGCAUUUCCCUUCCGUGGGGCUCUGGGAUGGACUACCGCUCGAGGGAUUAGCGAAUCGCGACUCAUUGCUAUACGCUGAGAAAUAUGGUCUUGGAACGGUCGAGGAUCUGUCGAAUCUGUUCAGAGGGACUCUCAGAUAUCAGGGUUUCUCGCGUCUCAUGGACUCGUUCCGGCAGCUGGGUCUGCUUAAUCGCGACGCGCUAGACCAGCAAGUGGAGAGCUGGACAGACUUGCUUUUGCAGAGCGUCAAGGUCUCCCAAAGGCUUCCGGAUUCGACCCGUAGUGAGGAUCUUCCAGUGAUCGUUAAGGAUAUCGUCGAUUCCAAGGUGGCGGACGACACUCUGCAAGCUUUAGAAUGGUUCGGUGUCCUUCCUAAUGGCAAGCAGAAUACAGUGUCCAGACCAGUCACUGCGUCUCGCUCAAUGGCGCCAAUCGACUACUUUGCACAAUUGUUGUCGAACAGACUGAGUUAUCACAAAGGCGAAAGGGACACGUGUUUGCUUCACCAUGAGUUUGUGCUGCAUCCGGCGAGUAUGGAUGCCUCCCAAGGUGGUCCUGGACAAAAAGUCACUGCUAGUCUGUUGGCUUACGGGGACGACGAUGCGUCUGCGAUGGCUGUCACGGUCGGCAAGACACUGGCUUUUGCCGCUCUCAGAGUUUUGGAUGGGAAAGUUGCCGGUCGUGGUGUCAGGAGACCUCUUGACAAGGAUGUGUACGAAGGUGUAUUGGACGAUUUGGAGAGUGUCGGGGUCAAGGUUGCCGAGAACUGGGCAUAGAUUCGUUUGCAUAAUCACACAUUCAUCAGCAUUGGGUCAAGUUUCAUGCAUUUAUUCAUACA